AUGCUAAAUUCGCUAAUUAAAUUAUCUCAGGACUGUGCCUCCGCCCUUCCUGAUGUUCCAGUGGGUUUGCCGAUCGUAGUGUUAGAUUCAACCAGCAUACGAGUAUCAUGGAAAGCCCCUAGAAAACGUCUGGAUGAUGUUCGACACUUUAAGCUUUUCUGGGAGCCCCUUCAAAAUAAGUUCGAGGGAGGAGGAUCGCAUAGCAUUCCGGUAGAUCCAGACAAUAGAGAGCAGAUCUACACAGCUACAAUCAGUGAUCUCUCACCUCAAACUUCAUAUCGAGUCUCCAUUGCAGCUGUUGGAAUAAGAGGAAUCGGAAGAACUUAUGAAUUUCCUAUCGUUACUACAUGGCUGGAUGACCAAGAUAAGCCACUAAGUGUGCAAAUAGGUCUAUUGGAGAAGCAACCUCGGCGAUUUCCACUACAGAAAGAUGAUCCAAGAAGCACAAUUCCAUACGUGGCAUUGAAAUUGACGUGGAAACGCCCAGCUGAAUUCGCGAAUUUGCCUGGCUUGUUGAUAUAUCAAGUCAGCGCCAGACCAGUCAAGUUGCCCUUAAUUGCAACUGAGGCUCGAGUGCCUGGAAGUGGAGAAUACGUCUCAGUUAUUGAAGCCAAACAAGCUGGAGGUUGGGUUGAAGGAAGCCGUGUUCUUGCCAACGUUUCUACAGAAUCCUUCACCUCUACGGAAAGGGACGAUUUGGGCAAGUGGACCAUAACUAUCUAUUAA